GGCUGUAGGUCAAUCCUUGCGGGUGCUUUUAUUGGAUGUGCCGCUGUCAAGCAGCGGCGAAGAAAUGGAAGGGCAAACGCCAGGCAAGGCAGAGAAAAGACAAGCCUAAAAACGAGCUAGCCGUUGCAGCUUCAUUCUCGCUCGUCCCUGCGCCCUCGAUACCUUUAAUCAUCCUGCACCGAAAACUUGUCUUCAAACACUGCCUUUUUUGGGCACUCUCCAGAGGGCGGUAUGUUCGUCAUUUCUACAAUUUGACAGCCUCUACAUACAUCCUCCGAUUUUUUUCUCCUUCUUUUUCGCUCCCAACGCCGCCACCACCGGAAUGAGGAAACAUCGAGGAGGAGUCCGGAGACACUGCUCCCGGGUUGGGCUCAUCCUGAAGCGGGUAGCGGAUGCCUGAACGCCGGUUGGCUCCUCCGCGUCCUCCACUGGCCAAUUCUGGAGCUGAUACAUGGGGAGUUGCGUUCUGUUCCACUGGGAAUGCUUCGACGCGAGUGUCCACAAGAAUGCCAUGCAGUGUGAAUAUUGCAGCCUGUUGAUGAUGAGGAUGAUGCUGGUCGGCUCGAGGUUGGAGCAAAGCACAGUGACAACGUGUACCUUGACCGUCCUCAGCUGAAGUGGGCCAACAGAUUGUUCGAAAAAGAAAACCCACACACGUUCUGUCUUGUCUUUAUAGUCUUGGAUGGCACCAGGGUGGAUAAGGACCACUACCAAUGCAAGAUUGCACAGCAGAAAUGGAUACAACUGUUGCAUGAGGCUGCACUGCGUGCGUGUGAGCGUAUGUGAACGUGUGUGUGUGCGUGAGUGUGUGUGUGCGCGUGCAUGUGAGUGUACGUGUGUGUGAUUGUGUUCAGGCCUACUUGAUGACUGAAGAGCACAAAAAAGCAACAUGAAAAAUGGUGAUGUGGUACGAGUGUCAAGAGGAGCCUUGUGGGAUCCGAGCCGUCCGGUUGAACUAUAACCCAACUUUUUUCCCACCCGCCAAAGAAGGACGGCUACUUUGAUUAAAGAUCUCCAAUUAAAUUCAUGUGAAAAAACAAGAGAGAGGAAAUCAGCUUCCUGGUCUCCUGGAGGGGUAUUUGGGGGUUAGGGUUGGAAAAUUAUUAUUCAUGCUGCUUUUCAGAGCAAUUACAGAACUGGAUUUGUUGUGGCCCAGAUGACAUCUAUCUAUUUAUAUAUUUAAGCUGAGAAAAUGGGCAUUUUGUGUCAUUAAGAACGACAAGUGAGCGUAUGACACUGGUGGCCCUCAAGCUAACGAGAACUUGCACAAAAAAAGGACAGGAAAAAAAAGGCUGAAGUGAGUUGAAGCAUGGGCUGUGCUUCAAGUAUUCAUAUCUCUGAUAGGGUGGUCUACCACAGUGGAAAAGAGUCCGAGGAUUCCCACUCGCCCCAGCAGACAAACACCACUCAGCAUCAAGGAAAUCCUGUCUCGGGACUACCCCUCAAACCCCAGAGCUGCAAGACCGCAUUAACAGAGGUGCAAUUUGGACCAAUGAAGUUAUUUAAAGACCCACUUCAGGUACUUUUAGUUUUUGCCAAAGAGGACAGUCAGAGUAAUGGCUUCUGCUGGGCUUGUGAGAAGGCCAACUACAGGUGCAGCAUGGCGCGAACGCCUGAGUCGGCCCUCGAAUGCUUCACCGAGAAGCUUCACGACCUCGUCAUCAUUGACCACAGACAUUCCAGACACUUUGAUGCUGAAGCACUAUGCCGGUCAAUGAGAGCGGUCAGCUCUUCAGAAAACACUGUGAUAGUCGCCGUUGUGAAGAGGCCAGACAGGGAGGAAGCCUCUGUGAUGCCGCUAAUCAACGCUGGCUUUAAUAGGAGAUAUGUGGAGAAUGCCAAUAUGAUGGCCUGCUAUAAUGAGCUGUUGCAGCUGGAGCAUGGAGAGGUGCUAGCACAGUUCAAACUGAGGGCUGGAAAUGCUAUUUUCACAGCUCUAGAACAAAGCCAAGAGGCCAUUGAGAUCACUUCUGAAGAUCAAGUCAUUCAGUAUGUGAAUCCUGCCUAUGAGUCCAUUAUGGGCUACCAACAAGGUGAGCUCAUAGGGAAGGAAAUAAUAGAAGUGCCUAAAAGUGAGAAGAAUAAGCCUGAUCUCCUUGAAACAAUAAACUCCUGCAUCCGGAAAGGGAAGGAGUGGCAAGGAGUUUAUUAUGCCAAAAAGAAGAAUGGAGACAGCAUCCAGCAAAAUGUGAAGAUCACACCUGUGAUUGGACAGGGAGGAAAAAUAAGACACUACGUGUCGAUCAACAGGCCUUUAAAUGAUAAUAAUAAGUCGGAUAAAUCAAGUGAACGAGUGCAAGCAGAGUCGCAAACAGACAUCCAAUCCAGUAAGCACAAAGAUCGGAGGAAAGGCUCUCUGGAUGUGAGAUCCACAACAUCUCGGGGGAGCGACGGGAGCUCACAGAGAAGGCACUCCUCAAUGGCCCGGAUCCACUCCAUGACGAUAGAGGCUCCCAUCACUAAGGUCAUAAACAUCAUCAAUGCAGCACAGGAGAGCAGCCCCAUGCCCGUGGCGGAGGCCUUAGAUCGGGUACUUGAGAUCCUAAGGACCACGGAGCUCUACUCACCACAGCUGGGCACAAAGGACGAAGACCCCCAUACCAAUGACCUUGUUGGAGGACUGAUGACUGAUGGCUUGCGCAGAUUGUCGGGAAACGAAUACAUCUUUUCCACCAAACAGCCCCAUCACAUCCCCAGUCACCUGGCCACUCCUCUUUCUCCAAAUGACAUCCCCCCUCGUAUAGCUCAGACCAUGGAGACUGAGGACUCUUGGGACUUUGACAUUUUUAACUUAGAAGCUGCAACCAUGAAACGGCCUUUGACCUUCUUGGGUUUAAAAAUAUUCUCCCGCUUUGGGGUUUGUGAGUACCUCAACUGCCCUGAGGCCACUUUGCGCUCCUGGCUGCAAGUGAUUGAAGCCAACUACCACUCCAGUAACUCCUACCACAACUCUUCCCAUGCGGCCGAUGUCCUGCAUGCCACCGCGUAUUUUCUGUGCAAGGAGAGAGUCAAGCAAAGCUUAGACCCCAUUGAUGAGGUGGCUGCCCUGAUUGCCGCCACCGUCCACGACGUGGACCACCCGGGCCGCACCAACAGCUUUCUGUGCAACGCAGGAAGCGAGUUGGCAAUCUUGUACAACGACACUGCUGUGCUGGAGAGUCACCACGCAGCUCUCGCCUUCCAGAUCACAACCCGAGAUGAUAAGUGCAACAUAUUUAAGAAUAUAGAAAGGAACGAGUAUCGAACACUACGACAGGCAAUCAUCGACAUGGUGCUCGCCACCGAGAUGACCAAACACUUUGAACAUGUCAACAAAUUUGUCAACAGCAUCAACAAGCCACUGGCUGCUCUGGAGGAGAAUGGGGGAAAUAAUGACGAGGAGUCUGUGAAAAGUAUUUUGACAUCCCCUGAGAAUCGCAUCCUUGUCAAGCGAAUGCUGAUCAAGUGUGCAGACAUCUCCAAUCCAUGCAGGCCUCUGGAACUAUGUAUCGAAUGGGCCGGACGCAUUUCAGAGGAAUAUUUUGCACAGACGGACGAGGAGAAGCGGCAAGGCCUUCCAGUGGUCAUGCCUGUCUUUGACCGAAACACAUGUAGCAUCCCAAAGUCCCAGAUUUCUUUUAUAGACUACUUCAUCACGGAUAUGUUUGAUGCUUGGGAUGCUUUCGCCGACUUCCCCAAUCUUAUGCAGCACUUGGACAACAACUUCAAGUACUGGAAAGGCCUGGAUGACCGAAAGCUGCACAGCCUGCGACCGCCUCCGGAGUAGGUGCUCCCCCUGCUCGUGUUGUGUGCGUGCGUACAGGAAACGCAGUCCUCCACAGUGACGUACUGACAGGCAGCUGCAGUGUUGAUAUUGCGGCUCUUACAAGCUUGUUCCAAGGAGAACUGUGGAGAAAAAACAAACAAACAAAAACAGACGUGGACACACGACAGCCCCUUUUGGAACUUGUCAUGCCUCUCAGGCAUUUGCAGGGUAGCUGGUCUUGACUUGAGAACGAGUCCGACCAGGCCUCAUGGAUAAACUUCAGUCCCGUGUGUGUCCCAUAUGGGCUGCCUGCCUGUGAAACUGACCUUGCUGUUGGAGGAGAAACUGCUUGUUUACUGAAGGAGCCAGCAACACUGGAGGAGAGAAUGGAAACGUGGUGCGAAUAAAUGAAGAUGUUCAAUACAAGUCAGGUCGCGCCAUCGACUUCAUCCUCCGUCCUUGUUCACUCGGCAAGGCAGGACUGCUCCUUCUGCUCCUGAAGGCUGGAAUAUGAAAUAACAUUUCCCCCCCCCCCCCUCAAAUGACUGCCCAUGUAUCUCCAUGUGCCCAACAGAAACACAUCAAAGUGGCAUAUAGUAACUGGCAUGUGGGAGGGGACAAGAACCCUAACAUGGCGAUCAUAGCUGAACAAUUACAUUAUAUUUGGUAUGCUCACUUAUUUAGACUUACCAUAUUUUCAAUAUGAAAUAUCCCAAUUGAACUCGUUGGUAAAUUAAUAAAGAGAGAAAAAGCCAAAGCUAAUGAAUUCAGAUAUACUGUAACUUUCACUAUUACUCAUAUGAAGCAUUACCAUAUUAAACAUUUUAUUUUCUUAUCAAAAGUACAGUACCAGUUCAAGACUUUUGUAUUGCACUGUAAACCAUAUUAGAAAUGUUUGUCUUGGUGUCGGUCGGGGAGUUGGGUUGUUGCAUUGGAGAAUAAGCUGUUAUUGUCGGUCGGUCAUCAGGAGGUGUCGUGCGCAUGAUGCGUUGUCAUUGUUGCAACAAUCCAUCACUCUUGGUUUCAUGCUGUAAACCGCUUGACAUUUGACAACUGCAGAAAUAUGUGAAAACCAUUUAGGACUUGAAAUUUUUUUUCCUCACAGAAUUUUUUGUAUCCGGUUGAUCCUACUGAAAAGACUGCCUUAUUUUAUACAAUAUUUAUACAGUACAUCCCACUGUGCAACUGCAAGAGACAUCUGGAGUUUUUAUUAUAACAUAGUCAGGUUAUGUUCAAAUAAAUCUCAAUAUUUUUAUAGACUUUUACACUGGAUUUGCAGCAAAUGAGAUCAGCCAUUAUAGCGAUCUGAGUACCUGUGAAUGCGGUGGUCACACAGAGCAUGUAUAUAGAAAAAGAGAUGGUUGAUGACGGAGGAUGUGCAUCAUAGAACUGUCUAUCACUGUUUCGAAGCGGCCUCACAUUAAUUUCAAUCCAACGUCAUUCUGUUUUGGCCACUUCACCUUCAACAUCCUUCUGCACAGACCCAGGAAGCUGAUUGGUCUUCAAAGGUGGAUCCAGAUUAGUUACACGUCCAAAAGGUUGUUGCUGAUGACAAAUACUUCCUUGUUAAACAGUAUAUAAUUGCCAUAGACAACGGUUUGUCGAAUGAAUGCAGUUACUUUGUAUGUUAGUUUCUCUCUGAUGACACAACUGUACACUCAAUGAAGAGUCUUGUUUCUUCCUUCUGAUUCACAUCGUGGUCUGAGGGCACGGAAAAAAAAAUAGAAACUAUUCAAUGAAAAAAAUAAAAAGAAAUUAUUCAACGGUUGGUGCCUCUUUCCAAUCACGUUA